CGGCCGAGAGGGAAUGGUGACGGCAACAUGAAAACGAGGCAUCCAGGGCCUCGAAUCAAACCAAAAUGGCGUCUCGUAGGAGUAAAACUAUACAACUUUUCGGUCCGUGCUUUUUAUGCGAAGAUGAUGUUCCAGGGAGCAGUUUAAAUGGAAAACCUCCUGACAGUUUCAAGAAAACUGAUCUUCAAUUUUGGCUGAGGUGUCGGGGUGAUAAUUCUUUGAAAAACUCAGCUACAAAAGCUGAACUUUGUAAACGUGUAGAGGAAUACAUUCGAGCUGGCCUUUCACAUUUCAUCGUUGAUCCCGAUGAAAAUUUACUUUAUACAGAGCGAAAACACCGUCGUAUCGGAAGACAACAAACCGAAGUCGAGAACACCGAAAAGGACGCCGACGGCAUCGAAACCGCUUUGUUACAUCGAAUUAAGUUUCCCGAGAGUGAAUGGAGGACUUCACUCGAAAAAAGUCCAACAUUUACAAGUGUAGAAGUGAACGAACAUAUUUCCAGAUCUGCUAAGAGACAUCCAGAGAGUACCCCAACACUUCCAACUGGUUUACAAAAAGCAAAGGCUUUUUUAGCAGAUGAAUACUUGCAUGAUAUUCAAACAAACUGUGAUCAGCGUUACUUCUAUUAUNUUUGGCCACACCUAAUUUUUGUAGAUUGGGAGAGUAAAAGGGAAAUUGGCCCUUAG